AACAUGCAGAUUGUUCGAGCUCAUUGUGUUAUAUGUCGUAAAUUAAAGGAGUUGCUACAGCAUUCUUAUAAACUCAAUAAUGUCAGAUGAUGAAGGUUUUUCAACAACUCCAUUGGAGAAAAGUUUCGCUGCCUCGCCGUUCACCCGGUCUCCACCGCCCUCGGAGCGCAGCCUCCUGUUGAACCUGGUGUCCAGGGUGAAGUGGUCGGCGGCGACCCCCACGGAGGAGGCUGUCCCCUUGGUCACCCCCGUGACUAACGUCGUGCUCCACUGGACCGGCGAUCACGGGUGUACGGCCAAGGAGGAGUGCACCCGUCUGGUGUGGCUGCUGCAGAGGAAACAUAUGGGGGAACAGGGCCACAAGGAUAUACAGUACAACUACAUAGUGGGAGGAGACGGGUUCAUAUACGAAGGUCUGGGAUGGACCAAAGCCAGCAGGAUGUUGUUGGAACUCCCUCUAGUUUUGAAGGGCUCCACUGUCGUUGUUGGUCUAAUGGGUACCAAAUGAAAGGACUCCUCAAAAUUGAUGCAGUCUUCCCUAUCCAGUCUCUUCACCGUCGCCACUAUAGAGGGGCUUUUGAAAGAGAACAUGGAACUUUUCGACUUUAGUAAUGGGAUCCUAAGCAAGCCAUCGGAUAAGCCAGAAAAUGUUGUCUCGUCAUUUCCGCCAACAUAAUCUGUUACACGUUAACACGUUGUAGUAACAGUUCAAAAUCUUUUCAAGAGAUUCCAAGGGUAGACUUCCGUAUCUGUUAGCACAA